GUCCAGGCUGCUCCGGGGUUUGUGGCCCGAAAGCCGCCCACUCCUAGCAGUUGUACAGAAGUGGAUUGUGAAUGUAAGCCUUUGAUAACCUCAGCCUAUCAGCAUUAUAGUCCUUGGGAUAGAUAGCAACUCUGCAAGCCUCUUCAGGGGAUGCACCAUGACAUCAGCAGUGAUUGACACUGGAGGCCCUGGCCUGGAGUUCGACAGCAAUGGGAUGAAAAACCACGAGGAAAAUGAGCCAGUCUCUGAAUUCCCAGCUGUGAUUGUGGAGCCAGUUCCUAGUGCCAGACUAGAACAGGGUUAUGCUGCUCAGGUCCUGGUUUAUGAUGACGAGACUUAUCUGAUGCAAGAUGUAGCAGAGGAACAAGAAAUUGAGACUGAAACUGUGGAAACAGAACACAUGCUCGUGAGCUCUGAACUUCCUGAGGAGGACCACUGGCUGUUUGAACUGUCUGAAAAAAUGAAGGCUGUGCUCCUCUGAGAGCCUAGUGACAUCUGAUGGUUCAGGCUGCUACUGUGUUGCAGUGGCUGUCACCCACCCUGUCUGCUUUCUUGUGCUGCUCGUAAUCAUCAAACUUUGAAAAACAUUCCCCUGUGCUAAUUUUGCUGGAACAAAUAGCAGAGAAACAAUAGAACUAAAAUGUUCUAUAUUUUUCCUAGAAUUAGCAUGUUGAUGUGGGGCAGGGAACUGCAACCAAAGGGAGGAAAAACCUGCCUGGGCAGUCUGUACUAAACCCCUUGAGUGGAACAUGGCUGGCUGAUACACAUACCUUGGGGCUGCUUAACUUAGAGAGUUUGAAUUCCUGUUGUCACAUAGGCAAAACACAGCUGGCUGACUCUUCUCACAGUUGCUGAACUUUGUAGUGCAGUAAAUAUGUGCACGUUUCCAUCAGACAGAGUGGGUUAAAGUCCAGUUUCUCCCUAAACAGUGGAUGCAAUUGCUCAUACAUUUUUGGAAUCGGAAUGUUAAUCUCAUGUGGCACUGCAUCAAAAAUCACAUGCAUCAACUUUGUAAGAUACGUAUGAGCGAAUUGUUCAGAUCUUGGAAUGCUUCCAGUUUAAUGAAAUGCGGUUUAAAUUAAAUAUACUAAUUGUAAGUUACAUUAAUGUAAAGGAAAGAUAUGAACUGUGGCUUUUUUAGAAGUUGCUUUUCACUGUGGUGACAAAACUUAUGAAGGUAAGUGGGAGGUGAGG